AUGCAUGGAGCUUUGCUGUGGAGCCGUCUGGGAGCUUAUGGGUCAGGGUUAGCAGGCAGACUGAUGUGGGAAAUAUUGCUGUGGGCAUCUGCUACAAACCACCUGAUCAGGAAGAAGAUGAGGCCUCCUUCAGGUGAGGUUACAGUGCAAACUGGAGAUCUGCUGCCAUGUAGGAUUUGUGGAAGGACUUUCUUUCCAGCAGCACUGAAAAAGCAUGGACCCAUUUGCCAAAAAACUUCUGCCAAGAAAAGGAAGACAUUCGAUUCCAGCCGACAGAGAGCAGAAGGAACUGACAUUCCCACAGUAAAACCUCUUAAACCACGGCCGGAACCACCCAAAAAACCUUCCAACUGGAGACGAAAGCAUGAGGAAUUUAUAGCAACAAUACGAGCAGCCAAAGGACUUAAUCUUAAAGAUGGUGGAAAACUCCCUCCACCACCUCCGCCAUCAUAUGACCCUGACUACAUUCAGUGUCCAUAUUGUCAGAGGAGAUUUAAUGAAAAUGCAGCUGACAGACACAUCAAUUUCUGUAAGGAACAAGCAGCACGUAUUACUAAUAAGGGGAAAUUGGCAGCUGAUACCAAAGGGAAGCUUCCUACUCGAACACAGUACAAACCUGCUGCAGUUAAGAAGAUGCCUUCUAUAGGAUCAACACCACCAUCAUCAUCACGCUUGCCACAGCCAAGUGGUGUUAGCAAAACUGUUGUAGGUGCCUCUUCAAGUAAAGCACUACCUUCGUCUGGAUCCAGUGGUAGCAAAAUUCAGACAUUAUCACCAGCUCAUAAAAACUCAUUGGGAAUGGUGAACCCACAGGCAGGUAGUAAGAUGGACAAGUUAGGCCCACCACUGCGAACUGGAAGAGAUGUGCAAAGGUUUUAUGACACUGAUACAAAAACAGACAGUACCAUCAAAAGACCAAAUGAGUUGUUGCCCAUAAAGAAAGGUGCAACAAAAACACGGACAUCAACCCCUCCUAGUGUGGCAAGGACCAUGAGCACAGGUGCUCUAACAAACAAAAGAAAAACUAGCAAUUCGGAUGGUUACUCAAGGUCUGACGGUAAAAUUGGGUAUGACAGUGGAGACUACCCAUCCUCAGUCAAUGGAGGAAGUUCGAAAAGCAGUGAAGGAAAUUCACCUGUACAGUUAUCAAAGUUCUGCCAUGAAUGUGGAACAAGGUAUCCAGUGGAAUGGGCGAAGUUUUGCUGUGAGUGUGGAAUUCGAAGAAUGGUUGUGUGAACGCAUUAUUAAAAGCAAAAAGAAGAUGAGAAAUUGGAAGCAUUGGCUAUGUACUGCUGCAUGGAAAGCUAGAGCACUCCUUCCAGUUAGACUUCAUGCUGCAAACAUGUUAAAACAUCAUAUUGUAAUUUUCCGAGUGCAAUCUUCUGGUUACACAGUUAUUUAUAAGCAAAUAUAUAUACUGUAUAUAAAAAUAGCAGGUACCUAAAA